UUACGAGCACAGAGGCGGCAGCGAUAGCCAGGCGGAAGUCGCGAACUCAGAUGAAGAUGUGCCGCCGCGGGAAUCGGUUGUUCCUGGCUUCGGUGCUGCUGGUAUUUGCACUGGUGCCAGUUGCUUCUCCACAAGAGAAGAAUGACACGACAACACUGGUGUCGCAGCCAGAGGACAAGGCGUACCAGCGCUGCCUGACGGCGUCCGGGCAGGAGGGCCACUGCCGCUCGCUGCAGUACUGCCUGCCGUCCGACUUCCGCAGGACCUUCACCAGGCUGCUCGACUCCAUGUGCAUCAUCAACAGGGCUUUUGUAGGCAUCUGCUGCCCGGACAAACCCACCGCUGAGGACGGGCCCGUUCUGCCAGGGGACGGGUCCCCGCCGUCACUGGAAGAAAUCGUCUCGAGGCUCAACAACCCAACUUGCGGCAAGACGGAGCAGGGCGAGUGGCGGUGGAUGGUGGCGCUGAUCCGCUACGGCGAGGAGCACUUCUGCGGCGGCGCGCUCAUCUCGGAGACGCACGUGCUCACCGCCGCGCACUGCAUCGAGCCGCAUAAACUGACCGACAUCACGGUGCGCUUGGGAGAGUACGACCUGGACCGUCGCGACGAGACCCGAGCCGUCGACCUCCGCGUCGUGGAGGCCACGAUGCACCCGCGCUACGACCGCUCCACCUACGAGAACGACGUCGCGGUUCUGCGCCUGCGCCGCAGAGCUGCCUUCAACUCCUACGUCAUGCCCGUCUGUCUGCCGGCCAUCGACGAGGGCUUCGUCAACAGGACGGCCUACGUCACUGGCUGGGGUUCCAUCCAGUUCGGCGGCCCCGGCAGCCCGGUGCUGCGGCAGGUGGGAAUCCCCGUGUGGCCGCACCAGCGCUGCGAGCCGCUCUUCUCGCAGCCCAUCCUGGACACUCACCUCUGCGCAGGCGCAUACGAGGGCGGCAAGGACUCCUGCCAGGGUGACUCUGGCGGCCCCCUGGUGAUCCAAGAGGAGGAUGGCCGCUGGGUGGCGGUAGGCGUCGUCUCCUGGGGCAUCGGCUGCGGCAACAAGGACAGCCCCGGCAUCUACACGCGCGUCUCCAAGUUCCUGCCCUGGAUAGCCAAGACCAUGGCAUAGGCCAGCUAGGCUACAGGCUCCCAGAUGGUUGUCAACAUUCUAAUGGCUUGAAAUGUGCUGCUGGUCAAUUGUAGAUGUACAGAUUUUUAACUUUCCGUCAUUAACCUAUGUCUUGAAAGUUUCUUCGGGUUUGCUGCCGGAUCCUAAAAUAGGAUCCGGCAGCAAACCCGAAGAGACUUUCAAGACGUAUUACGCCGGGAAAGCCUACGCAAUCACAUUAACCUAUGUCAUUUACGGUUUUAUUACAAGUUCUUCGUAACAUAUAGAUUGGUGAGAAUAGGGUGUCUGCGGUUGGGAGGGGGAGGGAAUGAUUUUAUAUUUAUAGAAACGCGAGGGUAUCAGUACAAAUCAUCACUUGCAUUUUAUGACAAUAAAGUUUCAAUCUGUAAAAUGAGAUAGUGUGGUGGAGACUGUUCUUUAGAAUGUGAAGACGGCAUCUGUUCUUUCGGACAUGUCACUGGUGACCGUGCAGCUCUCUAGAAUGAAAUUACAAUUAAAUCAAUAACAUUAGUUGCUGACGGGCGUUGGUACACAUCCACGAAGUCAAUAGAAAAUGUGUGCCCCGACCGGAACUCGAACCCAGGAUUUAUUGCUUACAUGGCAGAUGCUCUAUCCAUCUUUUUUUCUUUUCUUCUUCUUUUUUUUCUUUUUUUUUUAUUGGCCUCCCAACUCCCCUUAUAGCCCUCCUUGCUGUCACCAAAAUAUGCCUUCUCCGGCGAGCUUCAACGCUGUUAUAUCGGUCGUGGUAGAUCCCGACGCCGACGGAUUCUCUCUUGGAUCGUGGUGUGAAAAUCGAUAAAUAAGUGCAGAUUCUUCCAGAAAAUCAAAUCUUCUGUCCAUCCAUGGAAUGUAUAAUAAAAGAAACUGCACCUCUCCAAACGAUAAAAAUGUCAAAAUAUAAUAUCCAUCCCAAAAGAAGCCACAGGCGACUAGUAACUAAAAUU